AUGGCCACCAAGGUUGAUACUGCCGAGCAAGUUCGGUUCCUUGUCUCGUGCAUCAGGCACACUAGCAACGGAAGGCCGGAGUUUGCCGCCGUUGCUACAGAGCUUGGAAUUGUUUCCAAGGGUGCUGCCCAAAAGCGCUACGAAAGGAUGCUCAAGGCCCACGGCGUCAGCAACUCGAAGCCUGCCGAGCCUGAGCCCAAGUACGGCGGCGAGACACCCAAGACGUCUCCUAGGAAGCGGACCGCCAAGGCGCCCGAAGAUGGGGGCUCUCCUACAAAGAAGCGUACCAUGGUCCCUAGAGACAGGCCUACUCCCAUCGAGGGCAGCAAUGAUGCCCAUCAUAACGAGCCCAAGAAAGAGUGGAAGCCUGAGACCGAGACUGGUACCCAGUCUGAUGCUGGCGAGGACGAGGCUCUCGAUAGCGAGCCCGCUCUUUCGGACCCUCCCUCUACGGAUGAGGCCUGA